CUGAGCGCGGCCGACGGCAGCGGCGCCUGCAGCAGCGCCGGCGCCGGCACCAACCUGGAGGACGAGCGCAAGCACGCGCAGCGCGCGCCCUGCCUCGCGGACACAGUAUUACAAGAUUCAGACAUCAUGCAAAACUUCUACACAACCUUGUCCAUGUGCGACGGACUGAAUACUACGGUACUGAAUUCAGGCAUGAACUCUGAACCAUCCACAGAGUAUUCCUCUUUGAAAGAGGAAGUAUUUUGGCUGGUAGCACAUUUGCCAGCCGUUGCCUCCAAUCCAAAACUUAUGGUGCCCAGCCUUAUAGAAUUCCUCAGGAAAAAGGAGAUGAUACAUCUUUCUCAAGCAAUGCAGCAACUCAUCGUAAGGCUGCUGGACAAGUCUGAGGCACUCUCUGCUUUCAUUGAAGCUGGUGGUCUUGAGCUGGCUGUCGAGAAACUUACUGCUUGCCACGAAUCUGGUCCCAGCAACAGUCAGGGUCUGGUGUCGUCACUGAUGAACCACCUGAAGGUGCCACCGCAGCUCCUCAACAUGUCGACGCCCGCCGGCUCCAGCAAGAAAUCGCAGCCGCCUGUCACUGAAACUGCCAAUGGGCUCGUUAAUAUUGCCCCGCUCUGCACGGUGUCGUGCGACAACCCGACGGCGCAGGCGGCCGACGUGCUGCUGGACGGCGCCGGCGGCGGCGGCGCGUGCGCGGCGCGGCGCGUGCGGGCGGCCGCCUGGUCCUACCACUUCUUCAGCGCGGACGACGCCUCGCUCGCGCUCACGCUCACGCUGCCCUACGCCGCGCUGCUGCACGAGGUGCACCUGCAGCCGCACCUCACCAGCCUCGCCACGUGCCCGGGCGCGGUGUGCGUGGAGGCGGGCAGCGCGGGCCCGCUGGCGCCGCUGGGCCCGCCGCAGGUCACGGCCGGCAUGACGUUCAUCCGGCUGGUGCUGGCGCGCCCGGUGGUGGCGAGCACCGUGCAGCUGCGGCUCUACAAGCCGCGCGACAGCUCCUACAUGGGCCUGCUGCAGCUGCGCCUCAUCGUCGCGCCCGCCUUCGCUGCGCCUGCGCACCUUGCGCCCAACGGCAUCACCAACAACUGGGCGUGCGUGGUGGCGGCGUGCACGCGCGCGCGGCCGGAGAGUGCGCGCUGGGCGCGAGCGGGGCGCGCGGCGGCCGUGCGCGCGCUGUGCGGCGCCGUGCUGGCGCCGGCGGGCGGCCGCACGCUGGCGCACGCGCACCAGGCGCUGCUGGCAGCCGCGCGCGCUUGCCCCGACCUGCGCGCGCCGCUGCUGCACGCGCUGCUCGCCGCAGACCACCACGCGUACGCAUACGCGUUCCAGAGCGGGUCGGGCGGGGGCGGCGGGGGCGGUGGCAGCGGCGGGCGCAGCGUGCAGGCGGUGUGCGCGGCGGCGCGGCAGCUGUGCCGGCGCUGCCCGGUGGGGUCGGCCGCCGCCUACGUGCGCUGGCUGCACGCCGCCGCCAGCCGGCCCGCGCCGCGCCGCGCGCCCUCCGCCGCGCUGCUGCACACGCUCGCAUCCGUGCUAUGGACAUUGAAAGAGGAGAGACUACUUGAUGAUAUAGAAGAACUAAUCACGGACGAGCUAUUUGAGCUCGUAUAUGCAUGGGUGCAAGAUAUAACUGAACCUAGCCUCUUGAAAAAAGCGCUUGAUGCCAUACUGUGCUCUAUGUGCUAUAUAAGGCCAGAGCUGUUCACGAAGUUAUUAGAACACAUGGGCGUUCCUACGGAUAGUGAUGAAAGCAUGGAGGGGCUGACGGACGACGGCAAGGUGCGUGGCGCGGCGAGCGGUGCGGCGUGCAGGGCGGGCGGCGGGGCGUGCGGCGUGCGGCUGAGCGGGCGGCAGCUGCGCACGCUGGCCGCCGCCGCGCUGUCGCCCGGCGCCACGCUGGCGCUGCUGCACUCGCCGCUGCCGCGCGACCUCGUGCGCUGCCUCGCAGAAUAUAGUGAGGCUAAGCUACAAUUAAUUAAGGAACAAGAACGCACCCAAGAAGAAGAUGUCCACAUGAUUGAAACGGAUAAGGAAAUGAAUCAAAGUAAACCUGAGCUGCCGCCAAUGGAAUACAUCAGCGACGUGGUGGAGUGGGCGCGGCUGAUGUGCGUGGACCGGCGGCUGAAGGACUGGCUGGGCGCGCCCGGCGCCUGCUUCUGGCGGCCGCUGCUGCGUCUGCUCUGCUACCCGCGCCCGCCAGACACUUCGUGGAAGGAGGGUGCGGAUUAUGCACAGUUGGAGGAGAACACGAUACGACUGUUUGCUGAACUAACAGUUUGUCACACUGCCAAUCAGAAACUCUUCGCUUCGACACUUCACAGUAUUCUGGAGUCCAUGGAAAAUACAGGAGGCGGCGGGCUGUCGGGGUUCACGCGCGCGCUGGUGCUGCGGCUGGUGCUGUCGGCGGAGCGCGGCACGGUGGCGCUGCGCUGGGCGGGCGCGGGCGCGGGCGGCGGCGCGGGCGCGUGCGCCGGCGCGGGCGCGGCGCCGCACCCCGCCGCGCACUGCCACGCGCUGCUGCGCCUGCCCCUGCACACCUCCGUGCGCGCGCUGCUCGCCGACCACCGCCCGCCCGUGCCUUUGAUCGAGGAGGUGGCUGCGGCGAGCGCAGUGGGCGCGGGGGUGGCGGGGGUCGCGGGGCGGGCGCCUCGCCGUGCCUCCGACUCUGCGCUGGCCGACGCCUGGCAGCUGAGCCUGGCCGCCGGCAGCGCCUCCAAAGACAAGCGCGUCAAGGACGUCAAGAACUCCACGCUCAAGCACCACGCUGCCAAGAAGCGCCAGCCCAAGCCCGCCACCGACGCCUCGCUCUUGUCGCUCACUGACGAGGUGAUGGAGACGGCAAUUCGCGUACAGGUUUCGGGGCUGGAGGGCUUCGUGCCGGGCAGCGCCACGUUGGCGCAGCUGGCCGCCGCCUGUCCGCACAACUUUGGACCGCACCUCACGCUAACGCUGCACCUCAACACAAACUCCGAAGCGUGGACGGGUCCAAUGUGGGAGGGCGGCAGUAGUGGCAGCACGGACGGCGGCAGUGGCAGUGGCAGUGGCAGUGGCAGCGCGGACGAGAGCGGCGCGGAGUGCGGCGUGCUGCGGUGGUUCGGCGCGUGCGGCGGGCUGGCGCUGGUGGCGGCGCGCCUGCCGCGGCCGCACGCGUCCGCCGCCCCGCCCCCCGCGCCCGUCUCACACGCACACGACCUUGACUGGGUCAAGCUCGACGACCCCUACGAGGAGGUGAUGGAGGCGAGCGCGGCGAGCGGCGCGGGCGCGUGCGCGGGCGCGGAGGCGUGCGGCGGCGGCGUGCCGGCGCACGCGCUGCUGGCGCUGGGCCCGCUGCUGCGCCUGCCCGGCUACGCGGCCGCGCUGCUGCGCCAGGGCACGCGCGCCGUGCACCUGCUGCGCCUGCUGCUCGGCGUCGCGCACGACGAGGACGGACGUCACAUACCGGUGUGCGGCGGUGGAGCUGGUAGCGAGGGCGGCGAGGGCAUGUGGUCGCUAGGCACGCUGCCGUUCCGCGUGCUGGCGCGGCUGCUGGACGCGGCGCCGGUGAGCGGCGAAGAAGGCCGCGCGCUGCGGACCGCGCUGCUGCGCCUCGGCCUCGUGCGCUUGCUGCUCGCCUGCCUCGCCGUCUUCACGCACCACCGCCCCGCAGUGGCGCCGUCUGAUAGUCAAGGGGCGAACGGAGCGUCGGGCAAGCCGGAGGAGAAGAACCAACUGUACUGGGCAAAGGGUACGGGCUUCGGUACCGGCUCCACGCAGCAGUCGUGGAAUGUGGAGCAGGCGCUCGUGCGACAGCGCGUCGAGGAGGAGCACGUCACCGUGCUGCUGCAGGUGCUGGCCGCGUACAUGCAGCCGGGCGAGCGCUGGCCGCCCGAGGAGGGCGCGCAGCCGGCGCCCGAGGCGGACGAGCGCGAGCACCAGCUGCCGCCCGGCUUCGUGGACCUCGUGGCCGCCUCCUCGCUCGUGCCCGCCAUCUGCUCAUACCUGCGCAACGACUCCGUGCUGGAUAUGUCGCGGCACAUCCCGCUGUACGUGUGCGUGCUGCGGUGCGCGCGAGCCCUGCACGCGCUGCGCUGCGGCCGCCUGGCGCCCACGCUGCGCCCGCUGCCACGCCUGCUCGCCAUGAUGAGCCGCACCACCAACUCCUACGCCACCAAGCUCAGAAUGAGUAAGAAGAACAUUUUCGGAAAAAUGACAUAUAGCCAAAGAUUUAACACAACGAGUAAUUGUGAGCUGUCAGAGGAAGACGAAGGUCUUGCGGCUCUUAUUGCUGACAUACAGGCGACGUCCGCGCUGAUGUGCCGCGCCGAGGGCGAGGCGGAGGCGGGCGGCGCGCCGCGGCCGCCGGGCGGCGCCACGCGCGAGGCGCGCUACAUACACCUCAUGCGCACCAUGCAGUUCGAAACGUUUGAAAUGAUAGCGGAAUGCCCGGAGAAAGGGUUCCGUUUCACGGUGCCGUACCAUUUCGAAGGCAUGGUCCGUGCGGCAGGCGAGCGUGCACACCCGGCGCGAAUGAAGCGGCUGGCGCAGGAGGCCGCCACGCUGGCCACCAGCCUGCCGCUGUCCUACUCCUCGUCCGUGUUCGUGCGCACCGACACCGACCGGCUCGACGUCAUGAAGGUCCUAAUAACGGGUCCAUCGGACACGCCGUACGCGAACGGGUGCUUCAUCCUAGACGUGUACUUCCCAGCGGAGUACCCGGCGGUGCCGAUGCUUAUCAACCUGGAGACCACAGGCCGCCACUCGGUGCGCUUCAAUCCCAACCUGUACAACGACGGGAAAGUGUGCCUCUCAGUGCUCAACACGUGGCACGGUCGCCCAGAGGAGAAGUGGAACGCGCACACAUCUAGUUUCUUGCAGGUGCUGGUGUCGAUCCAGUCCCUGAUCCUGGUGCCGGAGCCGUACUUCAACGAGCCGGGCUACGAGCGCAGCCGCGGCACGCGCGUAGGCAGCAGCGCCUCGCUGGAGUACAACUCCAACAUCUACCAGGCCUGCGUGCGCUGGGCAAUGCUGGACCACCUGCGCAACCCCGAGCCCUGCUUCAAGGAGGUAAUUCAAACCCACUUCUGGAUAAAACGAAAUGAAAUCAUGCAAACAGUUGCGAAUUGGAUAACCGAACUGGAGGGUCAAAAUGGCGACGAAAGGACACAGCGCAGCAUACAGCUUAACCUAAUGGCGCUCAAGCGACACUACGUGAAACUACAGGAAGAACUCGCGAAAUUGCCGGUUCCACCGGGCUUGGAGGAUUUGGACGAGCCCUUCCAGCUGCCGGCCGCCCCCUCCCCGCCGCCCGCACCCCCGGCCAACCCGCACAACCCGCUCAACCACCCGCUCAACUCGCUCGACACACUCAGCCCGCCCACUAACGAAGAGAUCGACCACGACAUGGAGAAGAUAGUCUCGCAAGUGGUAGAUUGA